AUGUCAAUACGCCAAGCUGUAAAAAACUACAAUAUUCCAUUUAGUACACUGCGAGAGAGAAUACAAACAGGAGUAAUAAGUGAUCCAAAAAUAGGUGGGAAGACAGUUUUCACGCCAGCACAAGAAAAGGCUAUGGCAGAAGAGAUAAAAACAUUGGCGAACCUAUUUUAUGGUUUAACUCCAUUACAAAUACGUAGUGGAGCAUAUUAUUUUGCACAGCGGAAUAACAUUCCAAAUAAAUUCAACAGACAGACAAAAUUAGCUGGAAAAGAUUGGCUUUGCAAUUUUUUGAAAAGAACUAAUAUGGCUGUUCGCAAACCUGAACAAACUAGUAUUAAUCGAGUGAUAUCUUUCAACGAGAGUGAUGUAAAUAUUUUCUUCGACAAUCUGGAGUUACUUUUUGAAAAAUAUAACUUUCCAGCAUCAAAAAUAUGGAAUAUGGAUGAAACAGGUAUUUCUAAUGUACAACAGCCAGAAAAUAUUGUCGCUGAAAAAGGUCAGAGGCGUGUUGCUUCUAUCGUUACUGCAGAGCGAGGUAAGAAUGUUACGCUAAUCUGUGCUAUGAGUGCCGCAGGUAACUUUGUACCGCCUAUGUUCAUCUUUCCUCGCCAACGAAUGAAAGAUACACUGUCAAAAAAUGGUCCGAUUGGAGCUAUAUACAAAUGCUCACUUAAUGGAUGGUCCAAUACAGAAUUAUUUAUGUUGUGGUUAUAUCACUUUAAAGAUUAUGUGAAGUGUACAAAAAACAAUCCAAUUUUAUUAAUAUUAGAUAAUCACAACAGUCAUAUUUCUUUAAAUUCUUAUAAUUAUUGCAAAGAAAAUGGCAUUGUAAUGCUUUCACUUGUACCACAUACUUCUCAUAGAUUACAACCCUUAGAUGUAUGUUUUUUUGGACCAUUUAAAACUGCUUAUCGUAAAGAAUGCGAUGAAUUUCUAAAGAAAGAAGCUCUUAAAAAAAUUUCACACGACGAUCUAGCUGAGAUAGUUAAUAAAGCUUAUUGUAAAGUCGCUUCGAUUGAAAAAGGAGUUUCAGGAUUUAAAACUACAGGAAUCUAUCCAUUAAACCGAAGAGUUUUUCAAAACAAGACUUUGUGGCUGCUGAUGCUCUAUUACAAACUGAAGCAGCACAGAAACAUGAGAUUAAUCCAACAGUAG